AUGAGCGCGUACUCGAAAAAAGCCGUCGCGGCAAUCGAACCACUAGUGCUCGAAAAAGUCAACAUUUUGGUACGGCGGUUCCGUCAAGCCCAUGACGAAAAUGCCGUGCUCGUGUUGGACGCGGCUUUUGCGGCCCUGACAGCCGACAUCAUAUCGGAAUACUCAUUCGGAUCCUGUCUGAAUUAUUUGGAAGACGAGAGUUUCAACAAUGAAAUCAGAGAGAGCUUGAUGGCAAGUUUGUCACUGUUCCACGUCGUGAGGUUCUUCCCUGCCAUUAUGAUGCUAGCCAAGGUGCUGCCUGUGCCGCUCGUGCGGCUGCUGAACCCGAAUUUGUGCAAGGUACUGGAUCUGCGGAGGUUGAUUCGGGAGUUGACGAUGCGGGAGCUGGGGAAGAUGAGCAGCGGCUUGCCAAGCCAGGCGAUGCUCGUGAAGAGACUGAAUGACCCCAGCAUUCCGGAAUGUGAGCGCAGCUUGGAACGGCUUUGCGACGAGGGUUUUGUCUUUUUGAAUGCGGGAGUGACGGCAGGCAAGACUCUUGCAUUCAUCAUGUUUCGGCUUUUGAGCCAUGGCGGUGUCACUUACAGUAAGCUCUUCGACGAACUCGAGCGGGCGUUCCCGGAUGUCGGUGCUCUCGACCACGUAACGGAAAAGGAUUUGGUGGCGCUGCCAUACUUGAGAGGUGUUGUGUAUGAAGGUCUUCGUCUAUCGAUUGGCCCGUUGACCCGGCUGCCACGAGUUGCCCCUGAUACCGCGUUGCUUUUCCAGGGCCAGGUCAUUCCACCAGGGACUGGGAUAAGUGAAAGUAACUAUUUUCUUCACAUGAACGAGGAGCUCUUUCCGUGUCCCACGCAAUUCCGCCCCGAGCGCUGGGCAGAAGCAAAUAAAAAUGGAAAGCGGCUCGAAAACUACAUUGUGACCUUUUCCAAAGGCACGCGGCAUUGCCUCGGAAUGAACUUGGCGUACAUGGAACUCUACAUGCUGGUAGCUGUGCUGGUGCGCAGGUUCCACAUGGAGCUAUACCAGACGACGGACAAGGAUGUAGAGAUUUUUCGCGACAAAUUAUUCGGUUACCCCAGAGAGCCUUCUUUGGGCGUCAGGAUUCGAGUCAGCGCGUGCAGAAGCUGA